CUGAAAACAAAACGGGAGAUAAAGCAAACAGUGACACAUUGUAACACAUCUGCUGUCUCGGUGCUCUCUAAAUAGAUUAACCAUUCAGUACCUUCAAGUGCAGUAAGAUGCAGAGAGAAAAAAAGGAAGAAGUCAGUUACUACAUCGGGAUAGAUGUGGGAACAGCAAGUGUGCGUGCGGCUUUGGUCGACCAGUUUGGGACAGUUAUAGACCAGGCGGAGCAGUCAAUUCAAAUAUGGGAACCUCAGCCAGACCACUAUGAGCAAUCCUCCGAUAACAUCUGGGCUGCUUGUUGCAAAGUAACCAAGCGAGUUGCACAGGCUGCAAUAAAUGGACGUAUAAAAGGAAUUGGUUUUGAUGCUACUUGCUCUCUUGUGGUCUUGGAUAAACAGUUUCAACCACUGGCUGUGAAUUUGGAAGGUGACCAUAAUAGAAAUAUUAUAAUGUGGAUGGAUCAUCGUGCUGGAAGUCAAUCCGAUCGUAUUAAUUCUACAAAGCAUAAAGUGCUGAGAUAUGUUGGUGGGACAAUGUCUGUUGAAAUGCAACCUCCAAAACUCCUUUGGCUAAAGGAAAAUUUGAAACAAGAAUGCUGGGAUAAAUCAGGAUUCUUCUUCGAUCUCCCAGACUUUUUAACAUGGAAAGCAACUGGAGUUUCUGCAAGAUCUUUAUGCACGCUAGUUUGCAAAUGGACUUACUCUGCUGAUAGUGGUUGGGAUGACGGCUUUUGGAAAGAAAUUGGCUUGGAAGAUAUUCUUGAGGAAAAUUAUGCAAAAAUAGGAAACCAAGUCCUGUCUCCAGGAGCUUCUAUUGGGAAUAGUCUAACAUCACAGGCUGCCAAAGAGCUCGGCAUUCCAGAAGGCGUUGCUGUGGCCGCGUCACUUAUUGAUGCACACGCAGGAGGGCUAGGCGUGAUAGGAGCAGAUGUACAAGGACAUGACCUGCCUUGUGACAAUCAGCCAAUCACUUCCCGGCUGGCUCUGAUCUGUGGAACAUCUUCUUGUCAUAUGGGGAUCAGCGAAAGACCAAUUUUUGUACCCGGUGUAUGGGGACCAUACUUCUCUGCCAUGGUUCCUGGAUUCUGGUUGAAUGAAGGUGGUCAAAGUGCUACUGGAAAACUGAUUGAUCACAUUGUUUAUGGUCACAAAGCAUUUGCAGAAUUACAAAAGGAAGCUAAAAUCAGGGGCCAAAAUAUAUACACAUGCUUAAACAAUCACCUGGAUCAAAUUAGGAAAUCCCAGCCCUUGGGUAAGCUUGCUGCUGAUUUACAUGUGUGGCCAGAUUUCCAUGGUAACCGAUCACCCUUGGCAGAUCCCACAAUGAGAGGAAUGAUUGUUGGACUAACGUUGUCGAACAGCCUAGAUGACCUGGCAGUUUUGUACUUGGCUACGGUACAAGCCAUUGCGUUUGGUACAAGGCACAUUCUUGAUACAAUGCAGACGGCCGGGCAUCAAAUCGGCACUUUGUUCCUCUGUGGUGGGCUAAGCAAAAACCCUCUCUUUGUGCAAAUGCAUGCUGAUAUUACAGGGCUGCCUGUUGUCCUAUCUAAGGAGGUGGAAUCUGUCUUAGUUGGAGCGGCCAUUCUUGGAGCUUGCGCCUCGGGUGAUUUUGUAUCAAUACAGGAGGCUAUGGAAAAAAUGUCAAAAGUCGGCAAGAUAGUUCUACCCAAUCAACAAGACAAAAGAUUUUAUGAAAAGAAAUAUCAAGUUUUUCUGAAGUUGUUUGAACAUCAGAGGGAAUACAAAACUAUCAUGGAAAGUGUCUAAUGAAAUAAAAGUCCUCUGGAGUUGCAUCAGUUUCCGUCCAGGACAAGCAGUGCUCUGCAGCUCCUGAGCAGUAAUUUCCAGGGGCUUAACUACAUAGAGUUGCAGCAUUCACUCUAAUGAAUAAGAAAAUCAAACGUUAUCACUAUAAUGACCCACAUUUUUUUCUUUUAUGAUUCAGAACGUACUGUUUUAAAUUAUUAUCGGUUAUUUGUAGAGCGCAGGCAGAUUCUGCAGCGCUAAUAACUUUUCAAUUAACUUCUUUUAUCAAAUUUGCUUCAUUUUCUUAGUAUCCUUUGUUAAAGGAACAGCAAUGCAUUACUGGGAGCUAGCUGAACACAUUGAGUGAGCCAAUGACAAGAGGCAUUUAUGUGCAGCCACCAAUCCGCAGCUAGCUCCCAGUAGUGAACAAAGCAAAUUAAAUAAUAGAAGGAAAUUGGUCUAAAUCCUGAAAGUUUUAAUUGUGACUUUCUUGUCCCUAUAACUGUAACUAACUAAACUAACUGUAUUUGUAUCAAGCACAAUUUAGAUUUAAGUGUAAAUGUUUCAUUAUUUGUAUUUUGUAUCCAAGAAGAUCUGUUUAUUCUCCAUUAAUGCAAUAAAAUAAAGGAUGAUCCACAA